CCUUCUUUGCUUCUCUAUCAUCCCAUUGCAGCACACUACAUACAGCUCCCUACAAAAAGACUACAUUACCUAGAUCAGAGUAUUCGCUAUGGGCAAAUUUCAAGCUAGAGCUGUCGGGAAAGGCGACUACGACGGCAUCCGCAAGCAGAUCGUCGAGGUGCUCGAACAGCCAGGUUAUGAUGAUGGGUCGGCCGGACCUGUACUCGUGAGGCUGGCAUGGCAUGCGAGCGGGACGUUCAGCCUGGUCGAACACAACGGAGGAAGUAACGGAGCGGGAAUGAGAUUCGGCAAAGAGCGAGACGAUCCAGCCAACGCCGGUCUUGUUCACGCUAUCGAGUUUAUCAUGCCGAUCCAGGCUGCCAACCCAUGGAUCACCCACGCCGACCUUUGGACGCUAGCUGGGGUGACGGCACUCGAGGCGAUGAAGGGUCCGAAGGUGCCGUGGAGACCGGGUCGGACCGACUAUGAUGAUGAAUCGCAUGCGGAUGACCAUCGAGGGAACAUUGGCGACCGCUUACCUGAUGGGGCUUUGGGAGCCGAUCACCUGCGACAGGUCUUUGGCAGGAUGGGAUACAGCGAUCAAGAGAUCGUGGCCCUGUCUGGAGCGCACAACCUCGGUCGAUGUCACGCCGAUCGUUCUGGCUUUGACGGCCCUUGGGUGGUGAAUCCGACUCGCUUCUCGAACCAAUACUUCAAGCUCCUGUCAACCCGGAAAUGGACGCCUAGAAAGUGGGACGGUCCCUUUCAGUACGAGACGAUAGUUGCCGGAGAGAGACUCAUGAUGCUGCCCACCGAUAUGGCACUCAUGGAAGACCCCGAAUUCAAGAAGUGGGUACUGAUCUACGCCAAAGACCAGAAAAAGUUCUUCGAGGACUUUGCCUUGGCGUUCGGGAAGCUCAUCGAGCUUGGAGUCGAUCGGGAUGAUUCGGGGUUCUCACGUCUUGUCAACAAGGCGGCUCGGGAAGGAAAACCGCUCGACAAGGUUGGCGGUGGGUGUCCCUUUGCGUCUGCUAUCAAGCAGGGGAAGACCGAGCUGGACAAGAACCCGAGGGAGAGCAAGCUAUAAGUUUCCCGGAACUCUCUGCACGUCUUCGUAU